AUGCUCAACAAUCGGUACGGAGUGGCUUGCUUCUUGUUGGUGGUACAGGGCCUUUCGGACCAGGAACGAGACGGGAAGACGCCAUCGCCUCAGCAAAUGGCCAGCCGGCAUGCGGGACGGACGAAGGCUGGCGGUGAGGCGCUGUACUGCGUAAGAUGA